GGGUCACUUGAGGAUCAGAUUAUUGCAGCCAAUCCAUUGCUUGAGGCGUAUGGUAACGCCAAAACUGUGAGGAAUGACAACUCUUCUCGUUUUGGUAAAUUCAUCAGAAUCCAUUUCAACACAGCUGGCAAACUGGCUAGUGCUGAUAUUGAGACUUAUCUGCUGGAGAAGUCUAGAGUGACAUUCCAGCUUGAGCAAGAGAGAGGCUACCAUAUCUUCUACCAGAUGAUGACCGCCCACAAACCAGAGCUCAUUGAACUGGCACUCCUCACAACCAACCCCUACGACUUCCCCAUGUGUAGCAUGGGUAAGAUAACUGUGGCCAGCAUUGAUGACAAAGUGGAGCUGGAAGCCACGGAUAAUGCUAUUGAUAUCCUGGGCUUCACUAAUGAAGAGAAGAUGAGCAUCUACAGGAUGACCGGUGCUGUGCUUCACCAUGGUAACAUGAAGUUCAAGCAAAAGCAGCGUGAGGAGCAGGCUGAGCCUGAUGGCACAGAGGAUGCUGACAAGGUUGCUUAUUUGCUGGGUCUGAACUCCGCUGACAUGCUGAAGGGUCUGUGCUAUCCUAGAGUGAAGGUCGGAAAUGAGUAUGUCACCAAGGGACAGACAGUACCUCAGGUCAUGAACUCAGUGCCUGCCCUGGCCAAGUCCAUCUAUGAGAGGAUGUUUUUGUGGAUGGUCAUCCGUAUCAACCAGAUGUUGGACACCAAACAAGCUAGACAGUACUAUAUUGGUGUGCUGGAUAUUGCUGGCUUUGAAAUCUUUGAUUUCAAUACAUUGGAGCAGCUGUGCAUCAACUUCACCAAUGAGAAACUGCAACAGUUCUUCAACCACACCAUGUUCGUCCUGGAGCAAGAGGAGUACAAGAAGGAGGGUAUUAUCUGGGAGUUCAUUGACUUUGGUAUGGACUUGGCUGCCUGCAUUGAGCUGAUUGAAAAGCCCAUGGGCAUCUUCUCCAUCCUUGAAGAGGAGUGCAUGUUCCCCAAGGCCUCAGACACAUCCUUCAAGAACAAGCUGUAUGACCAGCAUCUUGGCAAAACCAAAGCAUUUGAGAAGCCAAAGCCCGUAAAGGGCAAGCCUGAGGCCCACUUCUCCCUGGUGCACUAUGCUGGUAUCGUGGACUACAACAUCUCUGGCUGGCUGGACAAGAAUAAGGAUCCCCUGAAUGACUCAGUCAUUCAGCUGUACAUGAAAUCCUCAGUGAAACUGCUGGGUCUGCUGUAUCCUCCAGUAGUUGAGGAGGCUGGUAAGAAGGGAGGCAAGAAGAAGGGUGGUUCUAUGCAGACUGUGUCCUCACAGUUCAGGGAGAACUUGGGCAAGCUGAUGACUAACUUGAGGAGCACCCAUCCUCACUUUGUGCGCUGUCUGAUUCCCAAUGAGUCAAAGACUCCAGGACUGAUGGAGAACUUCCUGGUUAUCCACCAGCUCAGGUGUAAUGGUGUCCUGGAGGGUAUUAGAAUCUGCAGAAAAGGUUUCCCCAGCAGGAUCCUCUAUGCUGACUUCAAGCAGAGAUACAAGGUGCUGAAUCCCAGUGUCAUCCCUGAGGGUCAGUUCAUGGACAACAAGAAGGCUUCAGAGAAGCUGCUUGGUUCAGUUGAUGUUCCUCAUGACGAGUAUAAAUUUGGACACACCAAGGUGUUCUUCAAGGCUGGCCUGCUGGGUACCCUUGAGGAGAUGAGAGACGAAAAACUUGCAUCUCUGGUCACCCUGACUCAGGCUUUGGCCCGUGGCUAUAUCAUGAGAAAAGCGUUUAUAAAGAUGAUUGAGAGAAGGGAAGCUAUAUAUACCAUCCAGUACAAUAUCCGCUCAUUCAUGAAUGUGAAACACUGGCCAUGGAUGAAGGUCUACUACAAGAUUAAGCCUCUGCUGCAGAGUGCUGAAACUGAGAAGGAGCUGGCAAAUAUGAAGGAGAACUAUGAAAAAAUGAAAACUGACCUGGCUACUGCCCUGGCCAAGAAGAAGGAACUGGAGGAGAAGAUGGUUUCCCUUCUGCAGGAGAAGAAUGAUCUGAGUCUGCAAAUAGCAUCUGAAGGAGAAAAUCUGUCUGAUGCUGAGGAAAGAUGUGAGGGACUUAUCAAGAGUAAGAUUCAGUUGGAGGCCAAACUCAAAGAGACAACUGAGAGACUGGAGGAUGAAGAAGAAAUGAAUGGUGAGCUCACUGCCAAAAAGAGAAAGCUGGAGGAUGAAUGCUCUGAGCUCAAGAAGGAUAUUGAUGACCUGGAGCUUACCUUGGCCAAAGUGGAGAAGGAGAAACAUGCCACUGAGAACAAGGUGAAGAACCUGACCGAGGAGAUGGCCUCUCAGGAUGAGAGCAUUGUUAAGCUGACCAAGGAAAAGAAAGCCCUUCAGGAGGCUCAUCAGCAGACUCUUGAUGACCUGCAGGCAGAGGAAGACAAAGUCAACACUCUGACUAAGGCCAAGACCAAGCUUGAGCAGCAGGUGGACGAUCUUGAGGGUUCUCUGGAGCAAGAGAAGAAGCUGCGUAUGGACCUUGAGAGAACCAAGAGAAAGCUUGAGGGAGAUCUCAAACUGGCCCAGGAAUCCAUCAUGGAUCUUGAGAAUGACAAGCAGCAGUCUGAUGAGAAAAUCAAAAAGAAGGACUUUGAAUGCAGUCAGCUCCUUAGCAAGAUUGAAGAUGAGCAGUCUCUGGGUGCUCAGCUCCAGAAGAAGAUCAAGGAGCUCCAGGCUCGUAUUGAGGAACUGGAAGAGGAGAUUGAGGCUGAGCGUGCAGCUCGUGCCAAGGUUGAGAAGCAGAGAGCUGACCUCUCCAGGGAACUUGAGGAGAUCAGUGAGAGGCUGGAGGAGGCUGGAGGUGCCACCGCUGCUCAGAUUGAGAUGAACAAGAAGCGUGAGGCUGAGUUCCAGAAGCUCCGUCGUGACCUUGAGGAGUCCACUCUGCAGCAUGAAGCGACUGCUGCUGCCCUUCGCAAGAAGCAGGCUGACAGUGUUGCUGAGCUGGGAGAGCAGAUUGACAACCUCCAGCGCGUCAAGCAGAAGCUUGAGAA